AUGCUCGGUGAAGCACAAGUCUACUCAGGAUCUUCCAUAUUCACCAAUCCAUUUUUCACCUUUGGUCAUUCUCGAAUAGAAAGCGGUUUUGACUAUGGAUUUGCACAAGCCGAGGUGAACGACAAGACUUGCUAUUACCUGGUCUAUCGUGCUCUUAUCGAGGCUAUGGAUCGUCCUGCAUCGCGAUGUUUCGUGGAGAUGGACGCGAGAUCUGUGCGACUGGUGGAAAAACGAUGGCCACACGAAGAAGUACACAUCUUCACCAAAGAUAUAGUGAGUUACUACAUGUUUGAUCAUGGAUCCAAAUUUGUUGCGUUGUGCAUUGAUGCAAAACGAAAGGAGAAGAGUGGCUACUGGUUCAUCAAUUUUGACACAGAAAAACAACUGACAACCUUCUGUGAUUGUUUGCACCGUCUAUUCGCCAUGACGACGGAAAGGAGUGUGGAUGAUAGGAGCAGCACCAUCAGGAGACGUGGAAGCUAUCGAGAUGGCAGUGAUGCGGAAACAAUACAAAUUGUGAAAUGUUGGUGCUGCGGUUCAAGGGUGAUUUUACCGAAAUGGGUAACGCUAACAGAAAGUAGAGACAGUGGAUUUGAUGAGAGCCAAUACACUGGAAGCAGCCCUAGAAAGAUGAUACCAACGAAUCAGCUACGCAGUUACUAUCCCACAAAACGGAAAUUUAGAUAUGCUUAA